AUGCAACUGCCCGAACAACCUCCGCCGCCGCUCGCUCCUCUCUGGGACCGGGUCCUCCGCGCCCGGGCUCUGCCCCCCGACCUCGACGUAGAACUCCUCUACAUAGCCAUCAGAGAUCGUCUCACACACCCUGAGUGGGAAGUACGCCUGCACGCGCUCAGAGUCCUCGCCGAUUUGCUCCCACUCUCCGGUAAUGCCCUGUCAUUCCCGUUCGAUCAAGUCGUCGACAAUCUGGGCCACAGCUCCCCGAACGUGCGAAAAGCUGCCCUAGAUGCCCUGAAAGUGUUCUGCUCCCACUGCGAGGACCCCGAUUGCGCCGCCCGCGCCAUCAUAGACAAGUGCUCCUACCACAACAUUCGGCCGCACUCCGCGAAUCUUGACACAAAAGUUAACGUUAUCACCGGACUCAUCCUCUCUAUACCUUCAGUGAUGGGGAUUUUGAAACGGAGAAACCCUGAUCUUGACAUUUUCCCGAUAUUUGAAGUUCUGGGAGAUAAACUAUUUGAUAAGAUACACAAAGAUGUAGCUCAGAGAUCUUUAUUGAAACUUCGAAGAGUUUGUGGGGCGAGAGAUUAUGUGAACUUUCUCUCGAAAUUAGAUCAGAAAGUCCAAGAGAAGUUUCGUCACCUCUGUGAAACUUACGACGAAGACUCGAUGGAUGUGUAUUAUGCUCCGAGAAAAUCGUAUCGAGAGAGUGGCCAGCAGCUGGUGAAGAUCAACCACGUGUUCAACAGUCCGCUCUCUACUCCUCUUAAAAUAUCUACUGAUAGUUCAUCUGAGGAAUCGUUCGUUCACAUACCAUACUAUAGUAAUAAUUUUGGUAGAGUCAUAAUCGAGACUGAAAUUAAAUUUGACUCGGAUACGGCGAUCACUAUGACCGUUUUAGAAGAGAAUGAGACGCAGAGUGAGAAUACCACCGCGAGUGAGGAAGACUGUGAUAGUUCUGAUAGGAAUAUGUUAAAGUAUAGUGACGGAGAUUCGGAAGAUACCGAUGUAGUGGUGAAGAAAGUGCGUUUCGGAGGUGAAAGUAUCAAAAUAAGGACUCCAGAUAGCGAGAAUCAAGUGACGAGUGAAGAUGAUAAUAUUUCUACUUCUAGUAAAGGAACGGCAAUUGAAAAUGAUAAUAUAGAGGAGGUGUCAACGCAGGUAACUCCAGUUAUAGUGAAUAAAAUGAAUGAGAUUAAACGGGAGGCGCCUGAGAGAUUGAAGCCGGUGAAAAAGAGCGGUAUACCACUGCCAGUUAUUCAGACCAAGACACGUAAGCCUCAAGUUAUAGCAACUUAUAGCAAAGUGAAAUUAAAAUCAAAAUCGUUGAGUGAGUUAUACGACUAUUUUAAGGCGAAGAAUGAGAUAGAUGAGGGGAGGUUGAAGGAGGGCACAGGAUUCGCCCUUACAUUGACCGAGUCUCCAGAGAAGGUGCCUAGUCCCGUGGAGCCCCACAGGGAGGUGGAGGUGCUUCACAAUUUGCAAAGGAGUCCAGUUGUAUCUCCGAAGAGGAAACAGACGCGGCUGCAUUUAGAACAUGACGGCUUCGUGUUGAACCUGUUGGCGUCAUCCCCGCGAGCGGAGGCGGACUUAUUGUCUCCGCGUCCUCCAUCCCCCCUGCGGGCGCGCUACGACUGGGAGGAGAUCGGUAUAGUUCCACAACACGUAGCUGAUCAGCUUCAUAACACGGAGAACUGGAUAGCGGCAGUGAAGGCGGCGGACCACCUGCACAGCACUCUCCUGGAUGUUGAGAGCGUCAGGAGAGUGGAGCCUCAUGCCACCUCGCUGGUCCAACACAUGUGGGCGUUGAGUGAUGCGGUGACAGCAGCAAGAGCCCCGGCGGAGGGCGCAGUCUGCGCGCUGCUCCGGAGCGCCAGCAACGACUGUGCUCGCGAUAUUCUACCAGCCCUGGUGUCCCGCAUGGCCCGGGAGCCCCUGCCCGCAGCCCUGCCUCAUGCCCUGCUGCAGAGACUCGCCCUGCAUCACCUAGUCGACCUGGUGUUCGAUCCUGCUAUGAUUGGGGUGACUGGAGACGUAGACAGAGUCCAGAACGCUCAGCUCCGAGCCACCAUGUGUCUCGCUAGGGCGGCGGGUCCUGCAGCGGUCCUCUCUGCAGUCAGGAGACGACUCGCUGGCACCGCGAGGGCUGACGUCUUCUGCAAUAAGCUAAGAGAGCGACUUAGCAGACCGACGGAGAAUAUAAAACCGAUUCAUAUAACCAGGAGUUCUCAGCUGCCAGUCCCGGUGAGACGCCGAGCGCGGUCCACCCCGCCCCCCGCAGCUCCUCUGCCUCCCAGGAGGCUACGACCACUGCCCGAUUCUGCUCCACUGCCAAGUAUCACUCAACCAGGGAGAGAUUACGUGCUGAAAAGACUGUCUCCUAUACCCCUGAGCGACAAAGACUCGAGCGCCUUCACGAGUUAUGAAGACGAAAAGAAGCCUUUGGACGAAGAGAAAAAAUCUCUAGAGAGUGUCGUCUUUGGCGAAAUCACUCAAAUUGAUAUUCCCGCAGAUGAAGUCGACGAUGCACCGCCGCCGCCGCGGUCGCCGUCCAUUAAAGUAGAAGAUUACUCGGAGAAGUCGAACCCAUCGAUACGAAGCGUUGAGGAUCAACACCACCAGGACAAUGUCUCCAACGAAUUCGGAUCUCAAAAAUCACUCAACACGGAAGUUCAGCAUUCAGGCGGAACUCCGGUUAACAGACCUCGGAGCAGAAAAUCUUUACAGAGUCCAAUACCAGCGAAAAGCAGAAGCACAUCUCCUAGUCCAGUAAAAAGUUUGAAAAGCGGUAACUUGACACCGGAGCCGAUUAGUGACGUGUACGAUGAUCAACCGCUGCCGUGCGAGAGGGACGUUCGCAACGCUCUGUCGGAGUGCAUAAUCCCGGCGAAACACGAGGACUGGGAGGUGAUAGUGAACAGUUUGGUAGAGGCAGAGCGGCUGGCGGUGGACCCGUCAGCGCGCGCGCCGGCUGCGAGCUGGCGAGCCGUGGUGCGCUCCGCGUCAGGCCACGUGCGCUCGCUCCGAUCUAGAGUUGCGAGGACCGCGUGCUCUACGCUCGGUGCGUUAUUCGAACAUCGCGGCCGCGUGCUUGAUCCCGAACUAGAAGACGCCGCUACUGCUCUACUGGAGCGAUGCGCUGAUGUGAAUAGAUUUUUAAGAGCCGAUGCAGCAUCGGCGUUGGUUCGCAUGGGUUAUGGAAGUAAUAGUGCUCGAGCGGCUGUAGCGCUGGCGCGACGUGGGGCAUCGCACCGCGCGGGCCCCGUGCGGGCCGCCGCGGCUCAAGCGUUGGCUAAACUAGUUGAGCACAAUGGCCCCGGGAGGAUCCUCGACAUGCCUCCGGAGCCCCGCACUAUACUGUUGAGGGCGUCCGGUGAGCUGCUCGGGGACGCGAGCCCUGAGGCCCGCGUCCACGCCCGACAGCUGUGCCUGGCUUUGUCCGAAGACGUCCGCUUCCACCCGAUGCUUAAAGACGCAAUGCUGCCGUCGCGCUAUCGAGCUAUUGAGAAAUUCGUCGAUAAACUACGAUGUCGAUGAAGUUUUAGGGGAAUGAAAUCACAGCUUCCGUCCGGUGUGAUCAAAACUUUGGUUUAAAUUGUGUUUAUGUAAAGUGUACCCAUGUAUUGUUUGACUGUUUUGGAUCAGUGAAUUUCUAGUAAGAAGUAAAACUUAUUACGGGAGUGAUUAAUUUUACUACAAUGUAAUGACUUAUUCUUUACAUUUUAAUAAUACUACCUGACUUAUUGUACUCAGGUAUUGUUAUUUCACGAAUUUAUGACUGAAUUGUGCGAAAGGUAUUUUUGUAGAGGUAGAUAAAAUUUAAAGCAAACUGUUAUCCUCCAACGGAGCGAACUUUCUAUAAAUCAUUUAUGUUGUAAUGACAUGCGGUUUAUAAAAUUUUAAUAGUAAUUAAUUAUAAA